GCGGACUAAUUUUCUCUGAUAAAUUUAUUCAAAUCGCAACUAAGCUACCGUCAGAGGCAAUGUACGGUUGGGGAGAAAAUAUCCAUCCAUCAUUAAAGCAUAAUUUCAAACGCUACACGACAUGGGCAAUGCUUGCAAGAGAUGAACCACCAAGUUCGAACCACAUUGAAACGAAAAAUCUUUAUGGAGUUCAUCCAUUCUACAUGGUACUGGAGCCGGACGGCAAAGCCCAUGGAGUGUUGAUUCUCAAUAGCAAUGCACAGGAAGUCACAACUGCCCCAGGACCCACUCUGAUUUACCGUACUAUUGGAGGCAACCUCGACAUGUAUUUCUUCCCAGGUCCCACUCCACAGGAAGUAACGGAACAAUAUCUGGCACUAGUGGGAAAGCCUGUAUUGCCAGCUUACUGGGGACUGGGCUACCAGAUAUCACGUUAUGGAUAUAAGGAUCUCGAGGAGCUAAAGUGGAUAAUAGAGAGGAACGUUGCAGCAGGAGUUCCUUUGGAUACAGCAGUGGUAGACAUAGAUUACAUGGACAGAUACAAAGAUUUUACCACUGGCGAGCUUAUCCCUAUUUUCGAUGUGGGCAUACAAGUCGAUGAUGAUGCCUUCAGAAGGGCAAAGGCAAAGGUUCGUAUACGGUGGUACGAGCGACCUUCCUCAAAAAGAAGGAACUGCUUUAGGGCGCGCGAUUCAUUGAAUGGGAGCGAUUCGAUCAAGUCCCCAAGGACAUUCAGAAUAAGAGAAAAUCUCUAUCCAAUGGCGAAAGACACAAAAAUCAUGCUGAGCGUUGUGUGGCCAGAUGCACACAUUGCAUUCCCCGACUUUUUCGAACCAACAAACAAUACUGUGAACUGGUGGAUUGAUGAGUUUGUAGACUACUACAAAAAAUUGCCCUAUGACGGUAUUUGGAUUGAUAUGAAUGAACCAGCAGCAUUUGCCACUAACGACGAAUAUCCAUGGUACUUUGACAAUCCAGACCAUCCAAAUAUAGCUGCACUCAAAUGUCCAGUCGAUCCAUCCAAGCCAGAUUCGGAGUGGGAUAUGCCACCAUACCAGACACAUGCAGUAUGGAGAUAUGGCUGGGGCACCUAUCUAUCCUCCAAAACCAUGUGCAUGGGUGCAUUACAAGGUGAUGGAAAAUAUCGUCACUAUGAUGUGAAAAACAUCUAUGGCUGGAGUGAAGCAAAAGCAACGCUGCAGGCACAGUAUAAGGCAACAGGGAAGAGAGGAGUCGUCAUAUCAAGGUAGGC